CCGGGCCAGACUCCUCCCUGCGCCUGCGGUGCCCGUCCCACCGUCCGCCCCUGCCCUGCUGCCGCCCGCUACUGCAGAUAACACAUCGCAAGGCGGACGCCGAUGGCCGCCGUGGCAAGCCCCGCCCUCCGGCUCCGACCCAGGGUCGCCUCGCCGUCCGCGUUCGCCUCCCAUCGCUGCCGCUUCCGCUCAUUCGCUUACUCCUGUUCCAAGUUUGCAAGGCCAUUUCCAACUCAGAGAGUCAAUGGAAGUAGGAUGCAGGAUUUAGGUACUCUUAAAGGCAAAGUUUUUAGCAGCACUGGCAACCAUGAUGGACGGUUUCAUAUUAAGCAAAUUAUAUCCUUUGCUGCUAUGGACAAGCAGGAGCCAGUCGUUUCACCAAUCUUGGAGACACCGGUUUUACAAGAGACAGAAUGUGGUACUAAAGAUGCCCCUGCAUCUGACAGCUCCUCCUACUUCACUUACAGGGGUGGUGGAAAACCAGGAUUCAUCUCGUUUCAAGGCAGCAGCUAUCAAAAGACAAUUGUGGAGAGUGUGCCACAUCCUGGCAAGGAAGCAUCUAGAUUGGUUUGGUUUGUUGGUCCAACUAUCCUUGUGUCGUUCUUGGUUCUUCCAUCACUUUACUUGCGCAAAGUACUCUCAGCUGUGUUUGAGGAUUCCCUGUUGACAGAUUUUCUUAUACUAUUCUUUACUGAGGCACUGUUUUACGGAGGUGUUGCAAUUUUUGUAUUGUUGAUUGAUAAAGUCUGGGGACCUUUGCAGCAAGUAGUACUGAAGAGUUACAUUUGGUCAAAAUCCAGAUUUUUUCGUAUUUCUUCAGUAACAACAAUAGUUCUUAGCUUGGUAAUACCUCUUCUGACCAUGGGCAUGGUUUGGCCCUGGACUGGACCAGCAGCAUCAGCAACUCUCUCCCCUUAUUUGGUAGGACUUGUUGUACAGUUCGCAUUUGAGCAGUAUGCACGGCAUAAAAAAUCACCUUCUUGGCCAGUUAUUCCUAUUAUCUUCAAGUGAAGUUUAGGUUGGUGGAAAGAAUAGAUCCUUUUAUGUGAUCUCUUUAGUCUAUGAUCUGAUCGGUCACUUUGUGCGGGAAAAUGUAUGAUCUGAUGAGUCAUACCUGAUGUUUGAGAUUUGGGAGUGGGUAUCAGUAUAUCAGAUAAUCUUGGUGACAGUUGGAGCAUUUGAAAGAAUCUAAGAGUAGCAAACAGGUGAGGAAAAUAUGGAAAUUAAGAAAUAUAAUCCAGUAAACUAGUCUAGUAGAUAGAGUUUUUGAUGUUUUUAUGUCUAUAAAUUAGAGGUCAAAUAGUGGCCCGUUUUUCAUCCUUUGGAUUUGCUGGAGCCACAAGUCCAAAAAAAUUGAUAUUUGUAGGAAACACAUUAUGAUCAACCAAUAUAUUGUUUGUUGAUGUAAAAGUUUCUGUUCUGAUAGGGGGUCUAAGGACACCAAAGAGAACUUCUGAAUGACAUAUCAGGAUUCCUGGUGGUUGUCAGUACUCUGUGGAUUUGUGCUGUUAAGAACUUGUUUCCCUCAUCUGAAGAGUAGGUGCAUGCAUGUUUUCAAGCAUUGUUUAGUAAUGAGCAUGUUAUUAGUGUGACUGUCUAAACGAUGCUCUGUACUUGCCCCUCAUGAUUACCUGCAAUUUGCUGCAUGACUAAAACUGAGUCUUGUGUGCAUACUUAUGUGGAAACUAGGGUCAGGUUGUUUGCACUCAUUAUUUCUUGUUCAUGUGAACCAUUGCUGAUGUCCCCUAUUCUGCUCAUGAUCAUUUCAACCAAUCAAGCGAUUGCAUGUUCAUGUUUUCUUAUGGAAGGAUAAGCACUGAAAUCUUACAUGAUUUUCUUGCCUCUACUGAAAUGCUUCAAUUAGUUCUCUGCAUGCGUAUUUUUUCUUUCCUCCCCAUCCUUCCAGGUAUACAGGCUUCACCAACUGAACAGGGCAGCCCAGCUGGUAACAGCACUCACUUUUUCUGUUAGAGGAACAGAGACAACAAAUCAAACUUUGGCUAUCAUGAACUCCUUAGGAGCAUUACUGACUGUUCUUCAGAUUCUUGGC